GCUUUUUUUUUUUUACUACCUUGCUUGGUCUUUAAUGGCUGCCCCACAAACCCACAGCUAAUUUUCUUUGUGUAAAUACGUGGGUCGGUGUUUUAGUUAUCUGGGGUUCUCUCUUUUAGACUUUUUGGUCGGUAUUGGAUACCCUUAUAGCUCAAAGUGAAAAAAAAAAAAGAAGACCCUCUCUGGUUGAUAAAAUCUCCCUUGAUAUUGUUUAUAGGGGAAAAAAAAGAGUUCUUUAUUCUCUUCAAAACGUGUCAAAGGGGAAGUUUUUGUUGUUUGUGAUGGUUACCUGUUUACGUUUUCUCUUAAUUGCAUGAUUCAUGUGAUAAGGAAGUUCCAAUCUUGGUGAAGAUCCUUUUUUGGGUUCCUCUUAAUUGAUGAAAAAAGAUAGGCUAUUGUAGUAUCAACAAUUUGAAUAGAGUGCACUGAAGUCAGUAAGUUAACGAAUAUGGCAAAGAGAUCACAUCGCCAUGCUCUGAGAUAUGAGAAGGAUCGAGCGGGUUGCAUUUGGGGUUUGAUUAGCAUCUUUGACUUCCGCCAUGGUCGAGCCACUAGAAAGUUGCUCUCAGAUAGAGCGCGAGGAAGCAAACCAGUUCUUGGUAAGAAUCUAGCAGGUUCUGCUUCUUCAAGCUCUAUGCAGGAAAUACCAAAUCCCAGUGAUGAUAGACUGAAUAUUGAGGAUGAUGAAGAAAGUGAGGUAGCUGUACCUGAUCCUAGAACAAGUGUAAAGGAGCUCAUGGAAGAAGAAAUGGUCAAUGAGCAAAGCCUGAAAGAUCAGUGCAAUGGUUCUGAAAUAGACACAGAAGAUGUUGAUUCACAAAAAUCAUGGCGUUCAAGAAAGAACAGCAGGCGAACACGCAGAGCUUUCUCCAGACCUAGUAAUACACUCUCUCAUGAUUUGGAUGAUGCAGGAAAUUUGAGGUCUGAAGCACCUUGUCAUCAAGAUUCUGGAGGGACGGCCCUCGAUGAUCUGGACAUUGUAAUGGAAGAACUCCGCCAGAUUCAUCAGAAAAAUCGUAAGUUUGUGAAGCUCCGCCAAGGUUCACAUAAUGCUCAUAACAAUCAGUCAGAUCAGACUCACCCAGUUGUUGAAGAAAAGGUAAAUGCAGCUAUUGAGGUGUUUAUCAAUCAGAGAUCAAGAAACAAUAAACAAUUGGGAGAAGAUAACAAGACCCUCCAAUCAAAAGAAUUCAUGGAUGCUCUGCAGACACUAAGUUCAAAUAAGGACUUAAUCAUGAGACUCCUACAAGAUCCAAACUCAAGGCUGGUAAAGCAAAUUGGAAGUUUGGAGGAUGCUCAGUUUGAGGAAAAGCAGAGACCUAACUUGAUUUCAGAAUCCAAUAUGUCAGAGGAAAACCGUGUUCAUGCAAAAACAGAUGAUGUCAUAAACCACAAACAACGUAAGUUUUUCAGGAGGAGGAGCAAAUCUCAAGAAGUUUACCCUCCAAUGGGAAAUGAGACUCCCCGAUCCUCAAGUAAAAUUGUUAUUUUGAAGCCUGGUCCGACAGGCUUGCAAUCACCCAGUGCUCAAAUCAAUGUUAACACUCCAGCACGCUCGCGAUACACAGAGAAACAUACUAUUCAGAAUGAAAGGAACACAUCCCAGUUCUCAUUUACAGAAAUUAAAAGAAAACUCAAGCAUGCAAUGGGAAAGGAUCGUCAUGGGAUCUCUCCUGAAGGAACCAUCCGCCGAUUUCCAUCUGAGCAGUUAAAGCGAUGUAAUAGUGACAGAGGGGUCUUUGGAGAAAAUUUAGGAUGGAGUUCUCCUAAUAGAGACCAUUUUUAUACUGAAAAAUUUGCUAAAUCUCCUCUGGGAAUGAAGAGCGGGGAUAAGAUAGUCAAGUCAAAAGGUGUUGAAGCAGUCACACUGACUGGGACUUCUGAUGUUCCCAGGCCAGAAAUGUCUAACAUCUACAUUGAGGCAAAGAAGCACCUUGUGGAGAUGCUGGACAAUGAAGACGAGACAACAGAGGCGAGUAGUGGACAUUUGUCUAAAUCCUUGGGGAGGAUACUUUCAUUUCCCGAGUACAAUAGUUCACCUGGCUGCAGCCCGAGAAAUAACAGCAAGGAUGGCAUGCUACCUUUCCAAGUGAGGAAGCCUCUUACUGAUUCUAUACAGGUAGAGACUGAUGACAGACUCCAGCAUGUACGAGAAGACCAUGUUACGGGUCCAAGUCCAUCCAGCCAAGACUUAGAGAUAGAAUCUAGCUGUUCUGACAAGUAUCCUAAUGAGAGCACCAAGUCUGCCAGUACAAAUCUAGAUGUUCCAUGUGAAAAUGGGAACACAAUGGAUGAAAUUGCUGCUUCAACUGGUCAUACAAGUCCUGAAGGAGAUCUAACUGAAGAAGCAAUCAAAACCAGAUGCCAAGUAGAAGGUGAAAUCUUGAGUGUUCCAAUUGACAGAGAAAUCCAAAUUGAUGGUGAUGCGACCAAUGCAGUGGAUGAUGGAAACUCUCCCCAUGUAUUUGAAGUGUCAUUUGACUGCUUAAAAGAACAUCCAUCUGGGAAGGAUCAAAAUAGUCUAUCUUCUUCACCAGCCUCACCUGCAGAGUCUUCAAGCCUCGUGAAAGUUGAAGAUCCUGACAGUGCAGUUGAUAGAAAGGAGCGACCUAGUCCCAUAUCAGUUCUUGAGCCAUUAUUCUUAGAGGAUGAUGUCAGUCCUGCAAGCACCAUAUGCCGACCAGUUCAAUUGCAUACAGUUGAUCCAGAAAUUCAACCACGGAAAAUCCAUUUCGAAGAACCAGUGUCUUCCAUCAGUGAACAAGAUUGUCCAAUAGUUUGUUUUGAAAAUGAAGAAUCUGCUUUUGAAUAUGUAGAAGCAGUUCUUCUUGGCUCAGGAUUAAGUUGGGAUGAGUUUCUCUUAAGGUGGCUUUCUUCUGACCAGAUUCUUGACCCAUCAUUAUUUGACGAGGUAGAGUUAUUUUCAAGCCGUUCUUGUCAUGAUCAGAAGCUCCUUUUUGAUUGUGCAAAUGAAGUUCUUAAAGCAGUAUGUGAGCGAUAUUUUGGCUGCAACCCCAGAGUGUCACUCGGUAAACAUAACAUUCGACCUGUUCCAAAAGGGAUGGACCUGAUAAAUGAAGUAUGGGAGGGAGUAGAAUGGUAUCUUCUCCAAUAUUCAGCUCCUCAUUCUUUGGAACAGCUUGUCAAAAAAGACAUGGAAAGAUCAGGGACAUGGAUGAAUCUCCGAUUGGAUCUUGGACAUAUCGGAGUUGAGAUGGGGGAGAUUAUUCUAGAAGAGCUGAUGGAUGACACAAUUUUGAGCAUUUCUGGUGAUACUUUGGAGUGUGCAGAAGAUGUUCUCUUUCCAGUCACGAGUGAAACUGAGAGUAGCGUGGACCAGUAACCAGACCUGUCUCUCUGUAGAAACUAAGAGAAGGCUUCCCUUGACUCUAGAUAACGAAGUAGACCAUGCUACUCUUGUGAACCAAAAAUGGCAUAAAAUCUUGAUAUCUCAACUAAUCAUUUCACCUCUCAUCUAGCUUCUUGCCUAGAGUGCUUCAAAUACACUCUCUUCUAGUACUUACUUUUAUGACAAUAGUAUAACAGACUUCCAUGCAAAAGCUAAGCCAAUAAAGUAUAAUGUGUGGCACCAGGGAUCAGAGAACUCCCUCAUUGAUUCAAUUGCUUUUUAAGAAAUCAGAUGGUGCUAGUUCCUCCUGGGGAGGAUGUCAUAUGACAUGUAGAAUGUGUUUUGAGUGGUUUGUUAAAGUGUGUUUUACCUACAUAUAUUUAGAUUUUCCUUUUCUUUUUGCGUGGCAGAUUGGUUGUUGAGGCUUUGGGUGUUUGACAUCCUUUUUUAGUCCCUUUUUUUCUCUUAGAUAGUCUUUUUCUCUUGUAAGUACAAAGUGAUUGUAACUGAAAAUUACAUCAAAGUAGAAAAGAAAGAAAUAAUAUAUUGACAUGGUUGUUUGUAUCA